GCCCGACGCGGCAGAGGAGGGGCAGCGCAAGCGGGCGCAGAGCCAUCGGACGGCGGAGGAGCUGCAGGAGCGGGAGCGCAGACGUGAGGAGCGGAAGCAGAGGAGGACAGAGCGAGGGACGCCGAACGGGUCAUGCAGCUGAAGCCGGAGUCGCCGCUAUCGACGCUGGAGCGGAGAGCGCGUCGUGAUGCCGAGCGGGAGCGACAACGAGAAUCCGACGAACGUGCGCGUGACAGGGACAAGCGCAAACGAGAGAAGGAAAGAGAGGCGAUGGAGGCAGAGGUUGCGCGGGCUAGGGAGCGGGAGGAGAGACGUCGGCGACGUAGAGAGGAGAAGGAGGAAGAGGAGGCGCGGAGAGCAAGAGAGGCAGCGUGGGCGAGAGCGAGGGAGGAAGAGGAGGCGAAUGCUCAUGCAGAGGCUGAGAGGAGGAGGCAGGACGAAGCCCAGAGACAACAGGAGGACGCCCAGAGACAACAAGAUGAGGCCCGAAGGCAACAAGAAGAGGCUCAGAGACGGCACGAACAGCAAAUGGAAGCUCAGAGACGGCAUGAGCAGCAAAUGGAAGCACAACGACAAUACGAGGCGGACAUGCAGAGACAGCGCGAUCUCUCGGCCAGUCUGCAAAGCCAAACAACGUCUGCAAAUCCCAUGAACACCCUUCCGCGAAGCUGGGUAGGCGAACGAGCUCUCGCGCACCCGCUCCAUUUCGAACGCCAUCUAACACGUCGAAUGCGUCAGAUCCCGCUGCAGGUUACAACCACGCAGACCCAUCACAUCCACCGGGGUACGCCCCGCUCGCGGCGCAUCAUGCACAUCACUACCCACCAUACGCCGCCGCGCCUACGCCGAGCUCGAGCGCGCCGUCCACAGUCAGCUCGCAAUCGCCCAUGCACACGUAUCCGCCCGUGCCGGGCGCGCACCCGGCGCCGUCCCUGCGGCCGUCGCGCUCUUUCGAGAACGGGCGGAAUCUCGGGCGGCGACAAGGCAGCAUGGGCCCGCCGCUCUCGCCCUCCGCGCGGCACGGUGGGAGGAUGUAUGGCUAUGGCUUCGGGGGCGGACAUCAUCGGAGCAUGUCGAGCGGUGCGUCAGUCACAGGUGCGAGCGUCCGGAGUAGUGGGCUCCCGACGCCACCGAGCAGCGCCAGCAGUGCAGUUGGACAGGGGAGCAGACCGGGCAGCGAGCAGGUGCCGCCGCCACCACAUGCUCAACAGAGUUCCGCGCCACAUCGAGAGCAACGGCGACAUGAGGGACAGGCGCCGUCCUCAUCGGAUCUGGUCGCGUCCUCGUCAAAGGCAUCUGUCGACAAGCCAUUGCCUACGCCGGUCGAUCCGGUCGGAGCGUCUGCGCCCACGCGCACGCCUGGACCUGCAGUAGUUCCUCCCUCGCCGACGACGGAGUCGAGCAAGCCGAGGAGGAAGUACUCGCUGCUUGCUGCAUUUGGAUUGAAGAGCAAGGAGAAGGCGGACGAGAAGGUGUGUGUUUCAUUUGCGUUGACUGUUGUCCUCUCUAUUCCCGCCUCAAAUGGUCGUCUGUGGGCCAUGUUGCACAU